AUGCCGGAGAGUCCCGGGAGCUGCUGGUACAAAUCUCAGAUUCCAAAGUCUGAAAAACUUAGAAAAAGUUUUCUUUCUGUAGAGGACAGAGGGACUCCCCCAUUCUUCCACCUGUUUGUUCCAUCCAUGCCCCCAGCUGAUUGUAGAUGUCCACCCACAAUGAGGGGUGUAAUAGGUAUACAGCUGGUUGUUACCAUGGUGAUGGCCAGUGUCAUGCAGAAGAUUAUACCUCACUAUUCUCUUGCUCGAUGGCUACUCUGUAAUGGCAGUUUGAGGUGGUACCAACAUCCUACAGAAGAAGAAUUAAGAAUCCUUGCAGGAAAGCAGCAAAAAGGGAAGAGCAAAAAAGAUAGGAAAUAUAAUGGUCACAUUGAAAGUAAGCCACUAACCAUUCCAAAGGAUAUUGACCUUCAUCUAGAAACAAAGUCAGUUACAGAAGUGGAUACUUUAG